AUGACCGACAAUGGAGAGAUGGAAGAAACACCGUUUGGCCUCAUGUCAUUAUAUGACCUGUUAACUCCAGAGAUUCCCGAGCUGGCGUACACGCCCACUAAAGUUGAUAUUAGGGAGGCUCGGAGCUUGCCAUGCCAAUUUCGUCCUAUGGAAAUAUUCCCUAGUCCUACUAUCAUGGACCAAGUCGACUACAACCCAGGGCGAGUGUUCCCAAUCCCUCAUGAACCGUUGCAUCUGCUCAACAAGAAGGUGCUGGAUGACUCACUUGAGUGGUUCUACCAGGUUAUUGUCAAGGGCACAGUAAUGGCAAAGGGGAACAACUACAAGCAUCUUCACUGGGAGAAGGCCGUUUCGGGAAACCUCGUUUGGAGGCUGAAGUUUGUUGACUGUGUUCUUAUGACUUCAAAGCCACAAAACAAGAAAAACUGGGAAUCAUUAUACCUUACACAAACCCAGAAAAUGAUAAAGACACAUCAUGAUUCGGAGAGGAACCUUUACAAAUGA